UUUUAUGUGGGACUCAUUCACUGCGGGUGUAGCUACUAAAAUCAUGAGUAACUCCUCGUAUAAUCCAACAGGGGUGAAUGACUUUGCGGAAAUGGAGUUCAUGAAUAUAACCGUAGUUACAUCAAACAAACCUUAUGGAAUAUCUGAUGGUUCAAAUCCUAUGUUUGAUGGCCGCAAGUCUCCAAAGUUUAACUUGACAGAAAAUGGAGUUCAUAGUGGUCAUGUUCAAACCGGACUUCGUGACCCUUUCUGCAUUGUCAAGGAUGGGAAAGGUAGAUGUCAGGAUGGCUACACUAAGGAAAUUAGUGGACCUGAGUCCGUGUCUGUUCGUGUUGCUACAAGAGCAAAACCAGAUAAGGAUCCCACUGACCCCAUAAACAGAGAAUUCUUCUAUAGCAUCUUGGCCGUUCUUAAUAAAACCGAAAACACUGGGAGGUUCAAUUUCACGAAUCAGUUUCCUUACUAUAAGGAAACUCUGUAUACACCUGAUUUUAAAGGGAUAAAACUAGGUAAAAAUGUGGUCUUUGACAUGGAUAUGAGUGCUGGAGAUUUCCUUGCUCUAUUUUAUCUCCUUAAACAACCUGUAGAGGUUAUAAACCUUAAGGCUAUACUUGUGUCUGCUACUGGCUGGGCAAAUGCAGCAACCAUAGAUGUCAUCUAUGAUUUACUACACAUGAUGGGUCGCGAUGACAUUCCUGUUGGUCUAGGAGAUGUACUUCCAAUGAACCAGUCUGACUCUCUUUUCUCGGCUGUUGGUGAUUGCAAGUACACUCAAGCUAUCCCUAAUGGUAAUGGUGGAUUCCUCGACUCAGACACCUUUUAUGGGUUAGCUCGUGAUUUACCAAGAAGCCCACGGAGGUACACUUCUGAGAACUCAGUAAAAUAUGGAGCUCCUCGGGAUACUGAUCAUCCUGAACUUAGGCAGCCAUUAGCCUUGGAAGUGUGGGAUUCUGUAUCAAAAAAUCUUGAUUCAGGAUCAAAAGUUACCAUACUGACUAAUGGUCCAUUGACAAAUCUAGCUAAGAUAAUCAUUAAUGACAAAAAUGCAAACACACUUAUUCAGGAGGUCUUUAUAAAUGGUGGACACAUAAGAAGUGGUGAUAAUAAAAAUACAGAAAAUGGCAAUAUCUUUACAAUUCCCGCAAACAAAUUUGCAGAAUUCAACAUGUUUCUUGAUCCCAUGGCUGCGAAAACAGUUUUCGAAUCUGGUCUUAACAUCACACUUAUCCCAUUGAGUGUCCAGCGUAAACUCAGUGAAUUCCCCGUGAUUCUAGAAAGGCUUCGUAUCAACAAGAAGACACCUGAAGCUUUUCUAGCUAAAAGAUUACUGUCUCGUCUAUACAAGCUGCAACAAAAGAAACACAGAUAUCAACAUGUGGGCAUGUUUUUAGGUGAAAUAUUAGGUGCAGUAGUAAUGGCUGGCGACAGGUCUCAAUUAAAUUUAGAAUUUAUAGAGAAGUCUGUUGUAGUAGUGGCAAUGGGAUUAGAAUCUGAAGAUGGGCAGACAAUUAUUACUGAUGCUAAUAUGGGAAAAAUGGUUAGAAUUUUGGAAAAUGUGGAUUCAAUUGCAUGCUAUGAUCAUUUUGUGGCUCGGCUAGCCGACAGACAACAAUCGGCAGUUGUUGGAAGUUUUGAGGAACAGAAACAAACUUGGAGCAAACCACCCAAGUGAACCUACAAUCGGUUAA